UUACUUGUCCAUGUUAAAAGGUUUUUCUGUGGCGGAGUUCUGAUUCACCCAUACUGGGUGCUCACUGCAGCGCACUGCUUCAAAGGGUUUCAAAAUAAUGCAAAGUACUAUGUACGGCUUGGUGAAUAUGACCGCCGGACUCUGGAAGACACAGAGCAACAAAUUGCAGUCACCAGGCUCAUCAUUCAUCCCAAAUUUGACCCUGCAACAGUCAAUAAUGACAUUGCUCUUAUGCGUCUUGCCCAGCCAGCUGUGUAUGACAAAUAUGUGCUGCCCAUCUGUCUACCAAGCUAUGGACUUUCUGAAAAAAACCUGACAGUAGAGGGCACAGAGACAAUUGUAACUGGUUGGGGGUUCCAGGAUCAAUCUCAUCGCAACCGAACGAUGAUCCUUAGCUACAUACAGGUCCCUAUAGUCUCCAGUAACAUCUGUUCAGAAGUUAUGAGUGCCAGAGUAACAGAUAAUAUGCUAUGUGCAGGAAUACUGGGAGACAUUCAGGAUGCAUGCUCUGGGGACAGUGGGGGGCCCAUGGUAACUAGGUUUGGUGGUACCUGGUUCCUUGUUGGGCUGGUGAGUUGGGGAGAGGGUUGUGGACGGCUGGAUAAUUUUGGAGUCUACACUAAAGUUCAUUAUUACCUCGACUGGAUUAGUCAGACAAUGGCAAACUAUGAGACAGAGGUGAAAAAAGUGAAGCAAAAUCCAAAAGAGGCACAAAAACAAACAUGA